AAAUUUUCUCCAUGUUAAAAAAUUUAAAGAAAAGAAUUGAAAAGAAAAAUGAGAGAAUGCAAUAUGAUAUGUCCAAAAGGCAAAACACCAAGAAGCAUUAUCAAGCUUUCUCGGUUAGAUAUGCUCAUUCGUACACCUUAUUCACAUACUACACUUAUAUACAUUUAUCAUCCACAAGGAAAUAACAACAAAUCCAACAAUAUCUCAACAUUUUUUGAUACCCAAAUUUUAAAGGACUCUUUAAGUAGAGUCCUAAUGCCAUUCUACCCAUUGGCAGGUAGAUUGAGAAAAAAUAUAGACAACGGUGAAAUAGAAAUAGAUUGUAACGCACAAGGGGUGUUAUUCGUUGAGGUUCAAACAUCCCUUGCGCUUACAAAUUUCAAAAACUAUAAGUCUAAUAUUGAGCUUCGUAAGAUGGUCAUUCCUACAUGUGACUACUCUAAAGGUCUCUCUUCAUUUCCCUUGUUUAUGGUGCAAUUCACUCGCUUUAAAUGUGGGGGUGUAUGCAUGGGUAUUGCUACGCAUCACCAUGUAAAUGAUGGAAGUGCAUACGCGUACUUUAUGAGCUCGUGGGCAAGAGCUGCGCGGGGGCUUGAAUUUCUUGUCUUGCCCGUGCAUGAUAGAUCAGCUAUUCACCAGUUUACGGCUCACGACCUGAACCAAAUCAAAUUUCGGCACUUGGAGUUUGAGCCAUCUUUACCACCAACUGUCUCCUUUGGUAAGAUGUGUACAAGUAUGGAGAGCUCCUUCACUCUUUCCAAGUCUCUAAUCAAUGCAUUGAAACAAGAAGCAACACCCAAACAAGCAGAAAUAAGCAAUUUUAGUACAUUUGAAAUCGUAGCUGCUCAUGUGUGGCGAACCACAUGCAAAGUGCGUGGACUACAACCUGAUCAAGAUGUUAAACUUUACAUACCAAUAGAUGGACGGUCUAGAUUGAAGAAUCCAAAUCCACCAAAAGGGUAUUAUGGUAAUUUAGUAUUCUUCACAGCUUGUAUUGCUAAAUCACGUGAUAUCACGUGCAACCCAUUAUGGUAUGCUGCCACUAAAAUUAAGGAAGCACUCCAAAGAACGAAGGAUGAAGAAUACUUGAAAUCUGCCCUUAAUUUCUUGGAAACAUUCCCAAAAGAUGAUCCAAUGGUUGUACUUAGUGGGCCAGAGAGUAUUACAAGCCCAAAUCUUAUGAUAAAUUCUUGGGCUAAGUUGCACUUUUAUGAAACUGAUUUUGGGUGGGGUAACCCUAUUUUUGGUGGUGCUGGUGGGGUCAAGUAUGAAGGGUUAUCCUUCUUGGUUCCAAAUAGGGAUGGUGGGUUUUCUUUGAGUAUUAAUCUUUUCAAGGAUGAUAUGUCUUUGUUUGAGAAAUGCUUGUAUGGCUUUAGAAUUGUUUCCUCCAUAUAAAUACAAUCCGUCUUGUAUGAGAUCGUCUCACGGUGAGACGACCUCAAAACAAAAAGCCCACAAGCUAAAGUUUCAAUUGUUGAGGUAUUUAACUCGAGUAUGAGGCAUGUCUUACGGUGAGACCAUCUCAUACAAGAAUUUGUGAUAUAAAUAAUCCACAAUUUGAGUAAGGUUAAUAUAUAAAGUGACAGUGCAUCUUGGACUCCAGUAUGUAAAUUAAAAGUUUUAGGAAAUUGA